AGAAGAAUUUAUAGACUCUUCAUCAAGAUCUUCAUUUAUACAGCUGUUAAAUCCAAGCCUACUGUGGUGAAACCAUGAAUAAGAAUACGUCUGCUGUGGUAUCAUCCCGUCUACUUGAAAAGGAUCCUGCCUUUCAGAUGAUUACAGUUACCAAGGAAACAGGCCUUGGUCUGAAGAUCCUAGGAGGAAUUAACCGGAAUGAAGGUCCCUUGGUAUAUAUUCAGGAAAUCAUUCCUGGAGGAGACUGUUAUAAGGAUGGACGUUUGAAGCCAGGAGAUCAGCUUGUCUCAAUAAACAAGGAAUCUAUGAUUGGUGUAUCAUUUGAAGAAGCAAAAAGCAUAAUUACAAGAGCCAAGUUGAGGUCAGAAUCUGCUUGGGAGAUAGCAUUUAUAAGACAAAAAUCUGAUGGCGGUCAUCCAGAAAAUCCAUCGUGUACAUCCCUUUUACAAGCUUCAGGAGAGUAUGGACGUCAAGCCUCAACAUUCAGUCUUCUUUCUUCUCCCCCUGAAAUGCUAAUUCCAAAGACCUCAUCAACUCCCAAAACUACAGAUGCCAUUUUGCCUUCUUUUAAGAUAAAUCAGAUAAAAACCGGAUACAAGAAAACAGAACAGACUCCAAUUACUUGUUCGGACAACAGCCCUACAGAUAUGUCUGAUACAAAUAUUGCCUCUGCGUGGACUGAUAAUUAUGGACCACAAGAAAAGAAGAUUUUCCUAAAUCCCUGUGUUCGCCUUAAGGCAGAGAAACUGGAAAUGGCUCUAAAUUAUCUUGGUAUUCAGCCCACAAAGGAACAACAGCAAGCCCUGAGACAGCAAGUGCAAGUAGACCCAGAGGGGACGGUGUCUUUUGGAGAUUUUGUCCAGGUUGCCAGAAACUUGUUUUGCUUGCGGUUGGAUGAAGUAAAUAUUGAUGCACAUGAUAUUUCCAACAUACUUGAGUCACAGCUUGUUCCCUGUGAUUCCUUAGAAUCAGAUGAAAUGGAAAGGCUUAAGCGUGAAAGAAAUGAUGCCUUAGAAGAAGUGAACACACUUAAGGAAAAAUUAUUUGAAUCAGAAAGGCAAAGGAAACAGUUGACAGAAGAACUCCAGAAUGUGAAACAAGAAGCCAAAGCUGUAGUUGAAGAAACGAGAGCCCUGCGAAGUCGGAUUCAUCUUGCGGAAGCUGCGCAGAGGCAGGCGCACAGAGUGGAGAUGGACUAUGAAGAAGUGAUCCGUCUGUUGGAGGCCGAGAUUACAGAGCUGAAGGCUCAGCUGGCUGAGUCUUCUGACCAAAAUAAAGAAAGUGUUCAGGAGUUAAGAAAGAGAAUCACAGUACUUGACUGCCAAUUGCGAAAAUCGGAAAUGGCUCGAAAAACUUUUGAGGCAUCCACUGAAAAGCUUCUUCGUUUUGUAGAGGCUGUUCAAGAAGUAUUUUCUGACAAUUCUGCUUUAUCAAAUUUAAGUGAAAGAAGAGCUCUGUUAGCUUCUCAGACUUCCCUCAUGCCGCUGGGAAGGAAUGGACGUAACAUCCCAGCAACCCUGGCACUUGAAUCGAAGGAACUUAUUAAAUCUGUUCGUGCCAUCCUUGAUAUGGAUUGUCUACCUUACGGGUGGGAGGAAGCUUACACAGCAGAUGGAAUCAAGUACUUCAUCAAUCACGUAACGCAGACCACGUCCUGGAUCCAUCCCGUGAUGAGUGCACUGAACCUGCCCUGCUCAGAGGAGAAUGAAGAGGAUUGCUCCAGAGAACUUCCUGACCAGAAGAGCUGAUGGUCUUUUGUAGGCAGCUGAGCUCCAUGGUCUUCUGGCAUCUCAGUCUACUGGAUGAGGAUGGCUCUGCGGCACCUCCUAUUCUUACUAAAAUAGGAGUAAGAUACACACUAAUCUACACUACUUAUUGAAGUUGUGAAGUGGAGACUGGAUUCCGGCUAUUUUUGUAAAACUUUUUGAUAUAACUGUAUACAUUUACAAGCUCAAUCGCCACUACAGUAGUUCUUUAAGAAUAAUCUAGUCGUAUUUUUUGAAAUCAUUUGUAAUUAGAUUUUAUAAUAUGUAUGCUUUUUUCUUAUAAUUCUAUAUAUAGUUCUUUGUAGAGUAUCAGAUACAAUGGUUUUUAUAAUUAAGACUUAGAUUGGAAAAUUAUGUGAACAUGGUGAAACGCUUCAUGAAUUUGUAAUUCACUAACCUUUUGUAUCGUAUCUUAGGAAAGUGAUUGAAGCAAGCUUUCUGGGGCUUCUUAAGGAUCACAUUCAGACAACUAUCUCACAGGUUACUGAAUACAGGCUUAUCUCUUUAUGGGUCUUUCUAAUUUGCAAAAUGCUUUUCAGACCCAGUUUUAUUUAAACCAUAUGAUAUGCCUGUGAGGCAGAUCCAGUGAGUAUUUUUAUUUUUGUUUUUCAGUUAGGGAAAUAGUGGUUCAGAGAAAUGAAGCACCUUAUCCUGGAACAGCUAAGUCUUCUGAUUCCACGUCCAGUCCUCUUUCCACCGCACCCUGCCGUCCCUGCAGAGGGAGGUUACAGCCCCACACACGUGGCUCUGUUGAUGUGAGCUCCGCAGCUGUGCACUCCAGGGACCACAGAGAUUCAGGGGGCACCUCUUCAGUCAAAGAUGGCCCCCACAUAACCCCACUAUUCUCCUAUAAACUCUUCCCGGUUCUUCACCCCCAGACACUCACCACGUAGGAACACAGCUCUGUGAUGACAUUUCUGCAGGCUUCUUGCAGCAGUUCACAAUUUUCUAAAGUAAAGGGACUGGCUCACAUCUGGGAUUUGCCUUGCUUUGGUUGCGCUUGCCAGAGGGAGCGUUUGAGGGGAGUUGACGAGAAGAGGGGCGUCAGAAUCUCCUCUGCUAUCAAAAGAGACAUCCUUGAACUCUUCUGCUAUGAGUUCAAGACUGACCUCAUUAUUGCUGACUUAUCACCCUCCAAACUCAUUAUACUUUUGCUCUUAUUGUAUUGUAAGGAUGCUGCUAGACAGUUUCUGGAAGGAAUGAGCCAUUAACUUGGAGAGCUAAAGAUUUUCUCUCAGUUUAAUGAUUUAAACUUAAAGCUGGGAAAUGGGGGGUGGCGUGGGGAUGAAGUUAUUGUAAAUGUCCUGGGCAUUAGGUACCAGCUGAAUAAUAAAAAGGGACUGAUUCUUAUCCAAUGUUAUUAUAUUGUCAGGUAAUAUACUUAGGAAGACAGUGAGUAAGAAUCAUUAAUCAGAAUACCCCAUUCUCAAACCACGCCUGAUAACGUAGAGAAGUUAUAUUUGUCACUCUGGCCUCUUCUCUUCUCUUCUCCCCACCCCCACCACCAUCAACACUCUUCCUCCUCCUUCCCCUCUCCCCCCCUCCUCCCCCUUUCUUCCCCGCUUCUCUCCCUCCGGCCUCACUUCUGAAAUACAAGUAGGAAAAAGGAACUCAGAACCUUCAGGUUCUGGAAGGAACUUUGAAGACACCUGAUUCAGUGAUUUUCAAACAUCGUUUGAUGGAAAAGACUCAUUCUUCAAGUGAAGUCUUAUGCAGAACCCCAAUAUAUGUAAUAGAUUUUUUAAGAAUAUUGGUGCUCAGAUUGAAACAAGAUGGAGCCUGGAGCCCUGUUAAAGCAGCCCCCAGCACUGCUGUGUAAACCUUGAGCUCCUUGGAACAUAGUGUGAGAAUCAUGGAUUAGAACCACUUUAUAGGUGAGUAAACUGAGAUCCUAAGAGUUCACACCAUAAAUUAGUGGCCAAGUCAAGAUUAGACCUAGGUCCUAAGUAUCCUAGUCCACUAAAUUUUAUAUGGUAUGUAAUGUGCAUGUAUAUUGUAAAUAUAUGUGUGCAUUGUGCUCACCCACAUAUUCCUGAAAUUCCCCCAAAUUAUUUUUCGGUAGGAUUUAUAAUUUAUGUCUUGAAUAAUAACGUAAAGUCAAAUCCAGGCUGAUAGGUAGUCAUGAGCCCUGAGAAAAGUUUCAGAUGGCUGGAAAGGACUUGGGUUUCACCUGACAGCUAUUUGAAUAUUAGAAAGCCUCAG